UGCCGCGAAGAUUGGUAAUCAGGCCUUUCGAUGAUGCAACUCUUCACGCCAGAGCUUCAUGUACUUAACGAUACGCUGGACAACACUAGAAAUCCAAGCAGCACAGAAGGAAGUCUCAACCACCUUGAAGUCUUGAGAGCUAUCCACAAUCAAGCCACACGUCUAUUAUUCCAUGCCUUGAGCAAAACCUACCGCCGCCACCGCCAUGUCGCCAUUCGUCUUCGCAGCCUCCAAAACGGUCCUCAUCACCGGAGGAGCAUCAGGCAUCGGCCUCGCCGUCGCCAAGAAAUGCCUCGGCCAGGGGAUGAAGGUCCUCCUCGUCGACAACAACGACGGAUUCCUGGCCUCGGCACGACGCAGCCUGGGAAAAGACGUCUUGACCUCCAAAGCAGACGUCGGCAGUCUCGAGAACUGGGCUCGUCUCAAGGAACGCGUUGACAUUGACUUUCAGGGUCGCAUCGACUUUCUCUUCCUCAACGCCGGGAUACAACCUCCCUCUAGCUGGGACGACCCCUCCAACUUUCACACAAUCUUCAACGUAAACCUCUUUGGCGUACACAACGGCCUCGCUACCUUUAAACCCGCCGUCUCAUCCUCCACCUCCCCCUCCGCCAUCGUAAUCACCGGCUCAAAACAAGGCAUCACAGACCCGCCCGGAAACCCAGCCUACAACGCGAGCAAAUCCGCCGUCAAAACCGUCGCAGAGCAUCUGUCCUACGACCUUCGAGAUUCAUCCACCAGUGUAUUCCUCCUCGUGCCCGGAUGGAUCUUCACGAGCCUCGGACGCAGCGAAGAUGAACGCGAGCCGGAAAAGAAGCCUGCCGCCGCGUGGACUCCUGAGCAAGUUGCGGAGUACCUCGAGGCCAAGAUGGCAAGAGACGAGUUUUAUGUGAUUUGUCCCGAUAACGAGGUGACGGAGGAGAUGGAAGCCAAGAGGAUGCUAUGGGCUGCGCAGGAUGUUGUUCUGAGGCGGCCGGCGCUGAGUCGGUGGAGGGAGGGUUUCAAGGAGAGUUUUGAGGGCUGGGCGAGGUCUUGAGGGCGCGAGUGCGAGAAGUUUUUUCGGGG